CUUACUGUGUACAGUUUAAGUGAGUUUGUCGCUCGCUGUGACCUAGUUUUUUGUUUUUCUUGAAAGAAAUCGUGGGAGGACGCGGAUUUACUUGUCAUUUUAGGACAUGAAGAGACAACAACGUUUCCGUGUAGGACUUUUUUGAAAAGAAAAGCUUAAGCGCAGAGGUUGGAAGUCAUCUGAGGUACCAAAGCACGUAGACUUUCCUAGUGAACAUGAAGAUUGAAGUCCCAUAUGAAAAGUUGUCAGACAACGGGCAAAGGCGCUUCGACUCGGACGAUAAAGCUCAGAAGAUCUCCUGUUGUCUUGUGGUAGCGGCUUCCAUUGCCUCGUUUCUGCUUGCUACAACAGCACUCUACAACUUGCUGGGGUCCGCAACUCCUAACGACAGUGGAGACUUACGACUAGCCUUGAAGGAGUCCUGUUUAGACCCUUGCGAAAUCUCCCUAGUUGAAAGCAUCCCCGAGGGCUUGCAGUUCAACUCCAGCGACCCGUCUCACGGUUCUAUCUACAACGCGUGGCUGCAACUGCUGGUCCAGGCCCGCAGUAGCAUUGACAUCGCCUCCUUCUACUGGACACUCACCAACCAAGACACAAGCACUCACGAGCCCACGGCAGAUCAGGGCGAGAACAUUCUGAAGAACCUAGCUGAGCUGUCGGGUUCCUUAUCGGUCCGCAUUGCUGUUAGCGCGCCGCAGCAUGGGAGUCAGCCGAAUGAAGACCUCAAACGGUUAAAUGCUUCAGGAGCUGCCAUACAGAUGGUUGAUAUGAAGGAUUUGACCUCAGGGGUCCUGCACACAAAAUUUUGGAUCGUGGACAAGAAACAUAUUUACAUAGGAAGCGCCAACAUGGACUGGAGAUCCCUCACACAGGUGAAGGAGUUAGGGGUAGUUGUGUACAACUGCAGCUGCUUGGCAGCAGAUCUGGGUAAGAUCUUCGAGGCCUACUGGUUUUUGGGAGAGAGCCAGUCUAUCCCGGCGCCUUGGCCUUCCAACUUCUCUACCGACUACAACAAGGAAACGCCGCUACAGCUGAUGCUCAACAGUACGCCGUCCAGCGUCUACUUGACGAGUUCUCCUCCAUCUUUCUGCGCCGCUGGCAGAACCUCGGACCUGGAUUCCAUCCUGAGUGUGAUGGAGGACGCCCAGAGUUUCAUCUACAUUGCCGUCAUGAACUACUUGCCCACCUUGGAGUUUUCGAAUUCCAAAAAGUACUGGGGAGAAAUCGACACCCAGCUACGUCGCGUAGCCUACGAGAAACGAGUGAAGGUGCGCUUGUUGAUCAGUUGCUGGUCCAACACGUCGCCAGCCAUGUUCUCCUUCCUCAAAUCGCUCGAUGCGCUCUACGAGCCAAAGAGCAAGCUGGACAUCCAGGUGCGACUCUUCGUGGUUCCGGCCAACGCCGAGCAGAAGAAGAUCCCCUUCGCCAGGGUCAACCACAACAAGUACAUGGUGACUGACCAGGUUGCCUACAUUGGUACAUCCAACUGGUCCGGAGACUACUUUGUGAACACGGCUGGCUCUGCCCUGGUGGUCAACCAGACGGCAUCCUCGUCCCUGCAGCCCAGCGUCCAAUCACAGCUGAGGGAUGUAUUUGAGAGAGAUUGGAACUCCAUCUACAGCUCCCCUCUCAUGCAGCACAGCGUUAUCAAAGACAUGUGUUAGGCCACAUGCUUCCAACUUUUGCUGCUGCCGAGGUGGCGGAACAUGACACAACAUUAGGAAAAGCUGCGCCUUUUUAGAACAUUUUAAAGAAUAACAUCAUGACAUCCUCCAUUAUAGCUCAUCUCAGGGACAAAAUCGAGGUGAUUUUUUGUUUUGUUUUAAGGGGUCUGCUGUAGGUGUAAAUAAAGGAAAUCACAUUCAAAAUUAAUUUUAAAAAAACUGAUGUUUCUUUAUGUAUCACCAGAUGAUUCUGUGGGUAGGAUACAAUCAAGGUACGACAAUGACACAAUUAGGAUCAUAAAGACAUGAUUGUUACUUUGAUUUACGAUUUUAUACCGUUAGAUGGAAUUUACU